AAUUGGUCGGAUUCUCAACCUCAUGGCAUUGGGAUAAAGAGAAAUCCAGUUUGAAUUUGAAGCUUGUGGAAGAGACCAAGUAUGGCUUCUGCCAUUGGAAGCCGAUUUUCCACAAUUCUAAAUGGAUUUACCUUUAAGCUUAAUUCCCCCUGCUAUUUACUUCCCUGCUUCCUUGCUAUUCCUCACCCUUGUACUAUUCCGCAAACUUCACCUCUUUCAAUUUCCUCUAAUUCUGCUUCAUCUUCUUCUGGGUUAAAGCAAAUGAACCAUCUUUUGAGAGCUUCCUCUGAAGGACUUCAAAAUGAUCUUGUUGAAGAUUCAAAGUUUGUUCCUCUGAAUGCUGAAGAUCCUAGUUAUGGGCCCCCGGCCCUGCUACUUCUGGGAUUUCAAGUGGAUGAAGCAAAUAAGAUACAACAGCUAUUGAAGGACUUGGAUGGGGAGUUUUUACAGGUUAUCUAUUGCACUGAAGAGAUGAUUAGUUGGUCACUUUGGGAUGCCAUGAAUGUUAAAAAGCAAAAUUUGGAAAAGUUGAAGAUUGCAGAAUCACUCCCUCGUCUAUGCUUUCUUUCUGGGCUUAGUGGGGAGGAGAUGAUGAUGUUCAUAGAUGCAUUCGAAGAAACUGGUCUUGAACCAGUUGUAUUUGCUGCCCAUGUUCCAAACAGCUCCAGUAAACCAUUGCAGGAGCUUAUAGAAGAGAUCAUGGGUGAUCAUAAGAUGAUGUCUGCUAACCAGUCGGACUCUGGGUAGGCUAAACGAUGCCAUGAGGUGCUUUGAAGGCGGUACAUUUUAAUCCCUUAUGCAACAAUGUAUAUGAAUUACAACCCACCAAAGUAUAAAAUGUUUUGAAAUAGGAUUUGUCGUUUUCGUACUAAGUUGUCCACAAAUUUUGAAGCUUUGUUUAUAAUCGAGGCCUCAUUGUUGCGUUAUCUUUGCAAAUUUAUGAGCAACGGAUGUACAACGGAGUUGCUUCAAAUCUUAGAUUGUGUUUGAAUAACACUUAAGGAAAUGAAAUCUUUCUAUUGUAAGAAUUUGUUUUGUACAAAA